AUGGAUCCAGACAGGCAGACAGUCCACCUGACAGAUGCUGGCAAAGGAGACUUGACCUGGGUCCCCGUAUGGGAAUACAUCUUCAAGGAUUUGCAACACGACGCUGUACAAACGUUGUCAUGGAGUCAUCAAGUGCACGCUGGUAUCCUUGUGUGUCUAGAUCCUGUGAUGUCAGCUUGCAUCCCUGUCUCGCCAAAGACAUGGAAGACCUUUCGAGAAAAGCAAAGUGACACCCUGCUCUCAGGGUUUGGCGACCUUCGCGACACUCGGGUGCGUGUGAUAGUUGUGCCACAUGACACCAAGGACAACCAGUGGGCUCUUGCCAUGAUCUUCCCGCAUGCCACCAAACUUCUGGUGCUGACCUCCUCAAAUGCGUUCGGCGAAAACGACAAGGCCCUCGACCCAGAUGACGCGGCAUAG